GGAGGCAGCCGGGCGUCAUCGCGGGUGCCUACGGGUGAAUUACUCACACUUUCUCCUCCGGGAGCACCGCCGGUGACAACAGGCCGGUGUGUCAACAUGCUGCGGAACGGGAACGGAAUGGAGAAGCCGCCGCAAGCGCCGAAAGCGGAGCCAGAGCCGGACUCCCCGGCCGACGAGCCCCGGCUGCUGCAGCCCGAGACCGGCGCAGGGGACGCGGGCUGCGAGUCCACGCACUUCCCCUUGCCCGUCUAUCCCAAAUUGGAGAUAAAGCGCAACGCGGUGACGGACGAGUACAAGAUCUCCAAUCAGGUGCUGGGCUUAGGGAUCAAUGGCAAAGUUCUGCAGUGCUUCAACAAGAAGACCGGAGAGAAGUGCGCCCUGAAGAUUCUCUACGACAGCCCCAAAGCCAGACGAGAGGUGGAGCUCCACUGGCAGGUGUCGGGAGGACCGUACAUCGUCCGCAUCAUCAGCCUGUACGAGAACAUGCAUCACGGGAAGAAGUGCCUGCUCAUCAUGAUGGAGUGUAUGGAGGGAGGGGAGCUGUUCAGCCGAAUCCAGGCCAGAGGAGACCAGGCCUUCACUGAGAAAGAGGCUUCUGAGAUCAUGAAGGACAUCGGCACGGCCAUCGAGUACCUCCACAACAUCAACAUCGCGCACAGAGACAUCAAGCCAGAGAACCUGCUGUACACCAUGAAAGAAAGAAAUGGGGUCCUCAAAUUAACAGACUUUGGCUUUGCUAAGGAGACGACGCUACACAACCCUCUCCAGACGCCCUGUUACACUCCGUACUACGUGGCUCCUGAGGUUUUGGGUCCGGAGAAAUACGACAAGUCAUGUGACAUGUGGUCUCUGGGCGUCAUCAUGUACAUCCUGCUGUGUGGCUUCCCUCCAUUCUACUCCAACACGGGCCAGGCCAUUUCUCCGGGGAUGAAGAAGAGGAUCCGGAUGGGCCAGUACGAAUUCCCCAACCCAGAGUGGGCUGAGGUGUCACAGGAAGCCAAAGAUUUGAUCCACGAGCUACUGAAGACAGACCCUAACGAGAGAAUGACCAUCAUUCAAUUUAUGAACCACCCCUGGAUUAAUAAGUCCAUGGUGGUUCCCUCCACUCCGCUGCACACCACCCGGGUGCUGACUGAGGACAGAGAGAUGUGGGAGGAUGUGAAGGAAGAGAUGACCAGCGCUCUGGCGACCAUGCGCGUGGACUACGACCAGGUUAAGAUCAAAGACCUCGACACCUCCAGCAACCCGCUGCUCAACAAGAGACGCAAGAAGGCCGCGGCGGGGGCCAAGGGCGGCUCCACGGUCUGCCAAAGCCAGUGAGAGGGGGGCCGGGGGUGGAGGUCCAAGAGGGAACGGACAAUUAUGACGACAAGCGGUGGAAGAGGGGGAGGAAAAGUGGAGAGAGAGAGAGAGAGAGAGAGAGAGAGAGAGAGAGAGAGGCUGGGUGUUGUGGAGGUGUUCUCUGAAUUAAAGGGACAACAUAGGAACAAGGUCACCCUGAGAGCCGGACACUCACGAGACUGUCAAGACGUGAUGUCGCCCGUUUUCCAGUGGUAGAAGUUCACUGUGGUUUUUAUCUCUUUUGAAAUUAUUUGUUUUUGUAUGAAUAACCAUUUUUAGACCUCGCCUGUUUGUAAGAGUGCCUGUGAGUAUUUCCAGUGUUCGUGUUUUGUGUAUUUGAAUGCUGGAGUUGCCUAUUUGUAAACUAUGCACUAGUGUACGAAUCACACACACACACACACACACACACACACAGAGAGAGAGAGAGAGAUACGAGGCAACUGUGGACAGACUGAAACUGGUGCAAAUGAAAAUAAGACCCGCGUGGUCUUAUUUUCAUUAACGCUCAUUUAUCGCCUUCUUUUCACUCACUGUCUUGUUAUUUACAUCCACAAGCACUGCAACACGAGUGACAAUAAAAAUGGCCGCACACUGAUUAUUA